AUGCGGGCCUACGACUUCCUCAUCGCCGUCGCCGAGCCCGUGUGCCGCCCCGAGGGCAUCCACGAGUACGUCCUCACGCCACACAGCCUGUACGCGGCCGUGAGCGUGGGCCUGGAGACCGCCACCAUCGUCAAGACACUCAACACGCUCUCAAAGGUCGCCGUCACAGCAGAGACGGCCCGCUUCAUUAAGAAGGCGACCCAGAAUUAUGGCAAGGCCAAGAUGGUGCUGAAAAAGAACAAGUUCUGGGUCGAGUCGGCACACAAGGAGGUCCUGGACACCCUCCUGGCCGACCCCGUCAUCGCCGAAGCGCGCACCAACAGCCUCGGCCUGCCGGGCGACGGCCUCGUGCGCUCAAAGGCGCUGCGGGAGCGCGCCGCUCACAGCCUCGCGGCAGCUACGCAGGCGGCCAUCAAGGGCCCGCCCCUUGCAGUUUGA